AUGGCAAGCGAUCAGAACAUAGCAGUAACACCAAGUCAGGUGAUGCUAACUGGCAAUCCGUUGUUAGAAACAAGCCUUGUUGUCUCCAUGCCAGCCUCACCGGCUGUGACCAGGUCUCUCGACUUGGAAUUCAAAGCAGAAGGACCUCCACCAGGUUUUACUGGCACUACCGCCGUUUCUUCUGGGGCAACGGCAGCAGACCUAUUUUCAUAUACUUCUUCACAGUUCCAGUCAGUUGGACCAAUUACCACAGGCGUGAAUGUUUUCGCCCCAGCAACAACCUCCAGUGCACAGACUAUACGUCGUAGCACUAUGCCUGUUUUUACAUCGGCUAGCCCAAGCACCGUCAUACCACCGGUGAGCGCGCCCCAAUACUAUCAACCCUUGGUCACUUACGCCAUGCCACCUCUGUAUUCGGCAGUGCUAACGGUGGCGUUGUCUACGCCACCCCAUCAACCAGUGGUCAUGCCGGCGGGAGUCUUGAACGCCCCAGUCACGCCGGGAAAUCAGGCUUAUUUCCCCGGAUAUUAUUUCGCACCCCCAUACGGGUAUUUACCCCCAUACAAUACUCCAACGUACACCCCCAGGGUGGGGCCACAAGGUUAUUCUCAGCAAUCGCCAUACGCGGCUUAUAUGCCGCCUUGGUGGACUUUCCCAACAUCACAACCCGUUUACAGUCAAACCCCGCCGACAGCGGAACCGACGUAUGACAACACAGCCCCAACCCAACACUGA